CAAAGGGACAUGAAGAAACUGAGAAUGAAUCUAUUCCUAGUCACUGGGAGAAUACUUAUUUCCUUUGGGAUUCUAAGCUUCAUUUCUGGAAUUAUUGCCUUCUUCCCUGUUUUUUCCUAUAAACCAUGGUUUGUUGGAUGGAGUGUAUGCAUUGCUUCUCCCAUCUGGAAUGGAGGUUUGGCUGUUAUUGCAGGUGUACUUGUUGCUGUGGCUGAAAAACAGUGGACACAGAGAUACCUGUGGGAAACCAGCUUUACCUUUUGCAUCUUGAAUAUCAUCACCUCUCCAAUCCAAGGCGUUAUUGCUGUUGCCUCUCUCCUCCUCGGCCCUUACUGCUACUACUCUUUUGCUGGGGUUUCAGGUACAAAUUACCUGGGCUAUGCAGUCCUUUUCCCUUUUCCUUAUGGCAAAUUUGCUUCUGUGUGCAAGGACCCAUUGCAUUAUGAAUGGUACCAUCUGGCACUGCAAAUCCUAGACCUUUGCUCAAGUUUCACCAUGCUCUGUGGCUCUGUGGCAACGGUGGUCAAACUCACAGCAAGAUUGAUCCAGUUCGGACACUUAAAUGGGGAAAGGAAUACAUUCUAAUAAGGAACCUCCAUUCAUUAGAUAUAUCUUCAUAGAGCUCCUUGAAUAUCCCAGUAUGCCUUGUGAAUGUCAACACAUGUUUAGUUGCAAAUUGAUUUGCUCUUACAUUAUACAUAGUCCCCACAUGGUUUAAGGUAAUGUAAAAGUUGAUAAGAUAUAACCCUGCACACAUACCGCCACCUAUGCAUUCACCUAUAUGAGUGUGAAUCACGGGUGUGAACUGAGUAAGAGCAUACAAGAAAAGUAAGGUUGUUUGGAUCAAAUAUGUCCUGUCAUUUCAAAACACUGGGAGCUUUGAUCUUUGGCUUUGCACAACAACAGCUUGUGAUCUUGAAAAGCUCAGUAUCAUAUAUUUAAAUUAACCUGUACUUGCAACAUGUGGUUGACAGGUGAAAAAAAAAGAGAUGGGGGAAUAACCCUCUUUUAAAAGAUAUCUACCACUUAGUCGAUAUUCUGUUUCUGAUGUGGUGUGUAUUUUGAGCCUCAGUCAAACACAAUAUACCUAUCAGGUUCACUGGAUAUGUUUGUCUUGAUAAAUACCCACACAGCCUACGCAGUUUACAAUUGUCUGUAUCUUUUUGAGCACAAAACAGCAUGUGAAACAGGAGUUCCAUCUGGAGGUCCAAAUACACCUAAACCUAAUUGAUAUGGUUCUUCCCUAUCAAAAAGAGGAGGCAGGAAAGAGAUGCAAAAAUUGAGUUUAUGAAUCUAAUGCCCUCCAUCUUGCAUGUGGCUAGGAGGCAAAGAGUAAGGAUGUAUGCCCACUCUUCUACCGCAUGAAUGAUGGCCUGUCUUGUACUCUGUCUUGACCUAUGGGACAGAAAGAGAAGCCUAUGAGAUACAAGGACAGCUAAGAUUGCAGAACUCCACCAAGGAAGGACAUCUUCCUUUCCAUGCCUGCCUGAGGACUGAGAUCUGCUGGGGGAGUCUUCCUUUGUCUCCUAUCAGUGGGAGGGGUACAUUAGGGGAGGAUGUGAGGAAGGAGCUUUUCUGUUCUGAUGUCCCCUUUUGUGGACCCUUGGAGGUUCACUUGGUGCCAACAUUGGUAUCUUUCUGGCAUCAAGUCAAAAUAUGAUUCUUUAUUAAAUACUUUGGUGCUGAGUUACUUUUAAAAUGUACAUGUACAUAAU